AUGUCCGAGGACGCUUCGCGUGCCAGACGACGAAGUCGAAGAAGCGAAUCGUACGACAGUGAUAGGGGAAGGCGACGGCAUCGGGGCAUACACGACCGCUCGUCAAGGUCACGGGAUAGGGGAGGAAGAACUCGCACAUCCAAGUACAGCCCGUCGUCAGACACGGACAGUGCCCAGAAGGCGGUUGAUUGGUCGCAUUCGCGGCAUGCCCGUGACGAUAGACGAUCCGACGAAACGCGUAGACAUAGAAACGAGUACCACCGAGAUCCGGACAAUUCUAAAAAAUACACGAGUGACAGAGUAAGUAGACGAAGAAAAAGCCGAAGUUCGUCGGACGAAAGUUCGAUAAAUAGAAGAAGAGAACGGUAUCGUAGCACCGAGCGGAAGGAGCGUUCAAGACACCGCAGCCGGAGCUCAAGGAGGGAGCGAUACGAAAGCGAAAGGCGAAUAAAAAAUUCAGACAAAACAGCUAAGACAGACGUGUACAACGCCAUUGCAGAACGGCAGAACACAGAGGCACAGGAAGCUGCCCUGAGGCCGGGGCCGGCGCAACACGCCGCAGACACGACUGCGAUGCUGAAAAAAGCGCUCGGCGACAGAACCGAUGUAAAUGUUGCCAUCUUGAACAACGAGUUCAAAGAGUUAAAUUACGCAAAGGCCUACGGACUCGAUAUAACGGGAUUCGUCGGAAUGCAACCGGAUAUACUAAAUGUUAAUAUGCCCACAGAAGCCAAACCGGUAUCCAGACAGCAAAGAAGACAGUACAGGAAAGAGGAAAUUAAAAAUCAUCCAGACAGGUUCUGGAAGUGCAACAAAUGCGCAUACAUGAACUACCUCUCAAACUACGAAUGCACCGGAUGCCACUAUCUACGCGACGCCAAUAGGUAA